UUGUUGGUAGUGGUCUCCCAUGCAGUUUGCUUGCUCUUGGGCCUAUGUUUGGAUGGGAAGUUUGUCUGGGGUGUGAGCAUGUAUCCGCUGGCCUGGCUCUGCUUCCCCAGAGUGCUCUGUCUAUCUAGUGGGAUUUCUGACUUUUCUGAGACAGUCUGAAGCCCCUGUAGUUCUGCAUGAAAGCUACAGGGAAAUGCAGUGACUGGGCUGAGCAGGGCGUGUGGUCUGCGUGGCAGAGAUGGGAUCGGGAGAGAUUUACUGCCUGCUGCCACACCUGGCUUAACACGGCAGGAACACAUCGACGACCAAUUGUACAAUUUAGUGUUGCUGAAUAACACUUGAGCUGCCCUCUAUGGCUCUGUCAGGCCGGGAGAGUAGAGGGUUGUGAAUGCACUGACUCAUUUUCCCAUGGCACAAACGACGUCUUAGGCCUGGCCCACUUCUACCCACCCUCUGCAGGUUUCAUUGACUGCCCUCCUUCCAUGACCCUUCAGUGUGAGUGUUAAGAAAUCAUGAUGCAAAACUAGUCUUCAUUCCCCACUUGCUAUUGCAGGGAAAUUUAUGCAUUUGAGGAGGAGGUGACAUAAAGACAUUGGAUUAUUUGCAGCUUCAGGAGAGGGAUGCUUGCAGGGAGGGAGGAAUGCAAGAAGAAAGAGAGGCAGAGAGAGGUCUCAGUAAUGGCAUUGAACUAGAAGACACUGUUUUUACAGAUCCAUCCUGUUCUUCCGUUUCACCUUCGGAUACCCUCCGUGAGAAGCAGCAGAUCUGGCUGCAGAUGCAGAGUCAUGUUGUGCCAUGUUGCUGCUUUCUUCAUCGACUCUUUUCUGGAUCUGCAGUUCUUCCAGCAGCAUGAUCAGGGCUAGCCAGUAACACGGGCUUUCCCGACCUUCCUUUGUGAGCUGCCUGCUUGCAGCGUUGACUUUUUGAAAGGCAUAAGACACCAAAAGCUAUGGUAUUUGAAGCCUGAUUGAAGGAUCUUCCAUCUGUCUCAGGGAGACUUCAUUUGGAUUUCCUGGAAAAACAGCUUCUUGCUUUGAACUUUGAUUAUUUACAAAAUGAUACAUUUCAAGUUUACAUAGAAAUGGAUAGUUUAGAUGGAAGCUGAUAAGAGUUGCUUUCAUGUGUGGCAUCCUACGGACUCCUAGGUCAGAGAAACAACAAGUAUGAAUCAGUAAUCUUGUACAAGUUUCGAAGUACCUGAUAAACAUAUUAAGUGUGCUAAGAAAACUGGGAGUGGGGAGGGAGCCGGUUUUGGGUAUGUGGUGGUGCUGUGAGUCAACAGCAGCUUUUCUCUGCAUUGCCACAAACACAGGAGUUGUAGGUGGGUGUGAUGGGACAAGCCUGAGCCUGGGACUUAAAUGGCUUAUGGGAACCUUGUCUUGAAAAAACAUCAAUAAAGUGACCAAAGACAGAUUUUCAAAUUUGAGUAUGCAGAAUUACUUGGUUGCACCCAAGGAAAUUGAGAGAGUUAUUGUGGACAAUUUCUUAUUGGCUUGAGAACUCAGAUCUGAAGGUCAGAGAAAAGAAGUCUGAACCAAAUGGAAGGCAGUUUAACAUCCCUCUCUUGUUAAUAUCUGCAGCUGGUCUCUCUUUUAGUCUUGCAGAUUGUGCUUGCUAAGUUCUCCUUGCUGAAGUGCUUGUAGGCCUACAGUUAGUUGGGGAGAACACUGCUGAUGCACAGUUCUGGGGAGAUUGUGAGAAUCCAUUCCAUGUGUUUUUCAGCCUAAGGAGCAGAACAAAUCCAUCAAGUCAUUCUUCAUCUCCUGCAGCAUGCAGUUACUGCACACAGAGCCCUUAUAACCAAAUGCAAGCUCUUAACUGCAAAAAGUAAACAAUGUUUUAAUUAGAGCAGCUUGGCAGGACUGGAAAGUCCGUAAAGUUAUGUUCUAGGAAUUGUGCAGAUUUAUUGAGAGAAAGGCUAUUUCUGGUGAUAGGGAGAUAGUGAUCUCAGGGAUUACAGUUCUGAAGCUGUAUAACUGUUGCAUCCCAUGAAUGGCAAACGAGUCAAGUUUGGAGCACGGGGGGACUGCAUUUAUUCACUGCUCUCGUCCUGCUCAUUCCACGCAGACAGUCUUUGAGAUCAGUGUUUCCAGUGGUAUCCAAGGGAAUGCCAAGCACUAAUGAAAAACCACACUUUUAUUUGCACUGUUAAACGUUUGCAUCUUUAAGGACUCACAGGUGUGUCCGGUGCUCCAAAUCCCUCCUGUAAUUUCAGAUGUAAUUUUGAGAAGCCAGAGACACACCCUGGUUUGCUCAGUGAAAAGCAGCCCUCUACGAUCAGGGAGCUGCACAGUGAGGACCCAGUGACUGGUGGCUGGGAGGUGAUUGCCACAUUUAACCAUCCGAGCAGGUUGUGCGAGCUGCUGUCCUCCUCUGCAGAGCGGAGCCCACCAGCUUCGGAGCAUCGAUAGCAGUGAUUCCUUGUGGGCACCGACACUCUGAAGACCACUGCAGAAAUGCCACCUUUGCAGCUUGGCUUCCUCCUUGUGCUCAGUUGGCUAGGAGCUGACGCAGCUCCUGCUGGGACAUAUCUGUGCUCCAGCCCCGCUCUCAAUGAAACUGCUGUGUGUGCUUCAGUGAGAAGUCUCCCAGACAGAUUUAUUUGCUACCUGAGCUCCUCUGCAGUGAGCAACCUGAGCAGGGAUGAUUCUUUGAGCUUGGCCCAGAGGAUCAGUAAGAGCUGCACCUUGAACACAACGCUCGGAAGAAUAAAGGGAAAAGGUGCUCCCUCAUCCCUGACAACAGAGGAACUGCAGGUUGUCUCUUCUUUGGUGAGGAAUGUUGAGCAUUUCACUCCUGCGGUGCUGCGGGUGUUGGGCCAGAUAGCUGUUGGGCUGUCUGUAUCUGACAUUGAAAAUAAGAUCAGUGGGGAAGACCUGGAAGCAUCGAUUCCUAUCCUGGGUAAAGUUCGUGGCUGGAACGCUGACCAGUCCAGUGCUAUUAUCAACAAACUGCUCAACUCUGGCUAUCAGAUUUCUUCUGGACAGAGCCUGGCAAAGCUAGGGAGCUUGGUGACUGGCCUCAACAGCAGCUUGCUUCGAAGCCUGCCUCCAGAAGUGAUCUUGGAAGCCAUUAAGUUGCCUGAGUUUGUUCAGCAAAUAGCAGCCCUGCCCUCUCCUCUGAAAAGGAUAUUUGUGGAAAAGAUUUCCUCCAGUGUAAGCAACCCAGCUGACCUGGUUAAACUUAUCCCUGGUGCUCUGGCCAGUUACAUUCCAAAAUCAUUGCUUAUUUUUGAGGAUGAGAAGCUCAGCGUUGAGGAUCUCAACAGUAAAAUGUGGACCCGAGAACAGGCUGCCAUGUUUUUCAGAGAUGUGAUAAAGACAGAGCCUGACUUCAGCAGGCUUUCCCAGUCAGUCCUUCAAGGCUACACAUGUGCAGUUGCCAAUGAAAUGAAACCAGAGAGAGUUCAGGAGCUGGCCAAAGUCAUGAAGAGGAAGAAUGUCAAGCUAGGAGCAGACCAGGUCAGUUCCUUUAUUCCCAAAUGCUGUUUGGUAUUGCAGUGGAGAUACUAAUUAGGAUUGUUUAGCAAGAACAAAAGAUCUUCAGCUUAAAGGACUG